AAAGGUCGCGAUCAUGAAAUUGACGUGGUUUUCAGUACGGAAUUGCCUCUUGCUUUUUAUCGCCUGUUUGGCCGUUUUGGCAAUAUCUAUAAACAUUAUAACUUCAACACGCUGGGCUAAUUUUCGGCAAAGUGAAAUAUUUAAACUACCAGCACCUGCCGAACGGAUUCGAACCACCACGUCAACCGCGGCACCAAGGAAGGAAAACCUAAUUCAAGAAAUAACAGGCUGUUACGAUCGUGUCCUGGAGCCAAGUAUCGAACAACGUGGAGAAUACUGGGUGUUAUUUAACUACGUGCCGGCACGUCAAAGGUAUCGGUGCUAUGAGAGUAUAACCUACACCACACAGGGCGAUUACACAUUCUUGGACAAUUUGAUUCCUUUGGUCGAACGAUGGAAUGGUCCUAUAAGUGUGGCCCUGCAUGCACCUGGAUACGAUUUCUCUAACACCGUUGAUUCAAUUGCUUACUUGAGGCAUUGUCUUAAAGCAAGCGAUUUAAUUAAGAAAUACGUCACGUUUCACAUUUUCUUUUCGACAAGCCACAUACCCUUCUAUACAGCAUCAAAGCCGCCAAGUUUCACACUACGGAAUUCGUACAAAGACCAUUUCGAUUGCUACAAAACGGCACCAUACGCGAACAAAGACUUCAAAGCUUUAUACAAAACGAAAGCCAACCUUACAUACCCGAUCAAUGUCGCUCGAAACAUUGCAAAACGUAGUGCACAGACACAUUUUGUUCUAGCUUCCGAUAUCGAAUUAUAUCCCUCUCCCAAUUUAAUACCAAAAUUCCUACGCUUUGUCGAAGAAAAUCGAAAACUGAUCGAAAGAAAAACUAAAAAAGUAUUCGUUCUGCCUGUUUUCGAGGUACUGCUUAAUCAAACACUUCCAUCCAACAAAACCGCACUGCAGAAAAUGUUUAAUGCGAAAAGAGCAUUUUAUUUUCAUAAGCGCAUUUGUUCUCUGUGCCACACAAUACCAAACGAAAAGAAAUGGAUUUCCUCAAAAGAAGACAGCAAAUUAAAUAUUUUCACAUCGACCAAACGUCAGGGAAAGUACAGAAAGUGGGAAGCUUUCUACAUAGGAACGCACAGCGACCCAAUCUUUGACGAAAGGUUUUCGUGGGAAGGACAGAGCAAUAAAAUGGUCCAAGGUUACGCUAUGUGCCUAAUGAAUUAUGACUACUUGGUGCUCGACAAUGCGUUUCUAACACAUAAACCAGGAGUCAAAAAACAAAGAAUACAACUUAUUAAGUUUCGGUCUAUGGUAUACAAGACCCAGCAGAUAAUACGGAAAUAUGUUAAGCCCCAAUUACAAUACAUGUUCGGCAGAAACGAUAACUGUUAUCUUUAAAUGUUUAAAUAAAGGGAGAAUGUGCCCAUAUUCUCGUCCGCAUUACGUUUACUCUGGAAAGAUGUAAAUAAAUGAAUCUACGGUUUGGCUAUUUAUACAC